UUUAUAUCCAAACAUCUCUUGGAGAUAGCUUUCUCAAAAGUUUAAUGUGACUAAGAGGGUAUUUAACCUUAAAGGUGUCUGUGUUUGAUUGAAGGAUGAUCCUCGUUACAAGCUAAUCUUUGUUAGGUAUGCUUUUGAUAAGAUAUACAGUUUGGAUUCAACAGCAAUGGAAAAGUUUAAUCUUGUGAAAUCGACCUUAGCACGACUCUUUGAAGAGUACUGGUGCAUGGAGAUAACUGAGGAAGAGAGGGGAUUUCAAUCACAUGCUAUUGAGGACAAUACAGUUGGAGAUGUUUUAGAUUGGGAGGAGCUAUCUAUGUAUGAGAGUUCUACUACUACUGUAAUACAAGAUAAAUCCGAAUUAGAUUUAUAUCUAGAAGAGCCAAGGAUUAAAGAUCCGAUCAAGCAUUAUGAUGUAUUGGCCUUUUGGAAGUUACAAGGAUCAAAGUAUUGUGAUCUUUCUCGGAUGGCACGGGAUGUGUUGGCUAUUCUGGUAUCAACUGUUGCUUCUGAAUCAGCUUUUAGUGCUGGAGGUAGAGUUAUUGACAAAUACAGAAGUAAGCUAUUGCCUACAAAUGCUGAAGCGUUGAUUUGCCUUCGAGAUUGGAUGUUCGGAGUAAACUUUAGAGCUGAACCGGUUGAUGAUGCCAGUGAUUUGGCUAAUGCUUUGGGGAAUGUGUUAUCUUUGGAUGUGAGUGGUGAUACUAAUAUUACAGUAGAACCUACACAAAGAUCUUCUAAUGCCUCUACUGCAGCUAAUGUUUAGUCUGUUAGGUGAAAUUCCAUGGGUGGGAUUGAUGUUGAAGCACUCCAGAUUGGACGAAAUCAGGAUAAUUUUGAGUCAUGUAACUAAAUAUUUAACUUUGGGGAUGUUUGGAUACGAAUUUAAGAUUUUUUGUGAUAUUUCUAAAUAUGUUAAUUGUGGGAUGCUUGGAUAAGAAUUUAGGACUUUUUAUGAUU